CGCCACCCACGCCGGCCGGUUCCGGCGAGCACCGGCCACGCGCAACACUCCCCCAAGCCCCGCCCCCCCCUCCCCUCCGUCCAGAUCCGACAUGGCCGCAGUUCCUACAUGGCCACCCUCUUCUCCACCGCGUUCUCACACCACUUCAUCCCGCUCCCCUCCGCCACCAGGCCCGCCGCCGCCACCUCGUUCACCUGCGGCCCGCUGCACGCCGUGUCGGCGCUGCUAGCGCCACGGAGGCGACUCCUGCUGCCCGUGGCCAUGGCCGUGUCAUCCGAGUUCGAGAUGGAGGACGCGGAGGGGGAGCCGAGCGAGGGCGAGGGCGGAGGCGACUCCAAGGCCGAGUACUCCGAGGACCUCAAGGCCUUUGUCGGCAACCUGCCUUUCACCAUCGACAGCGCGCAGCUCGCCGGGCUCUUCGAGCAGGCCGGCUCCGUCGAGAUGGUCGAGAUUGUAUACAAUAGAAUGACCGGACGGAGCCGUGGAUUUGAAUUCGUCAUAAUGGGUUCAGUGGAGGACGUUGUUGUCGCCGUCGAGCAAUUCAAUGGCUAUGGUGCGGGGCACGUGUACAGUGGCUUCCUCCAGCCGCUGGUGGCGUGGCACGAGGCCGCCAUCGACCGGGGCCUGCUUGAGCUGAGGGCUAGGGCGAGGGGCGUGACGGCGUCACAACUGUGGCUCGUCGAGGCUGCCCGCUGUGUUUCGUCACAGCUGCAGGCGGCGAGAUCAGACUGGGAAGGCGCCACGCAUUGA